CUAAGCAAUAACUUCCGCUUUCACAAUAACUAAGUUUAAGUCGGGAUCUGUCAUCAUCUCCGCAUUUUGAAGCGAUACACAGGGAAGAGAGAAAACUUCAAACAAAAGUUUUGACAUAUCGUAGUGAAAGGUAAGGAAAGAACCGGUCUUCCCCCAGCACACAGAAUGCAGUGUGCCCGCUUACUGCUGCUAUCAGCAGUAUAUACAGUCUGCCAACUGGGCUUGGUUUUGGCUGCUGCUAGGGACUAUUAUGAAAUCCUGGGAGUGAAGAAGGGUUGCUCUGACAGAGACAUCAAGAGGGCGUUCAGGAAACUAGCACUCAAAUAUCACCCUGAUAAAGUGGGCAAGGACAAGAAGGCGGAGGCUGAGAAAAAAUUUGUGGAAAUUGCAAAAGCCUACGAAGUGCUCUCAGAUGCCGACAAGCGUAAGAAAUAUGACCAGUUUGGCCAUGCAGCAUUUGAAAACAAUGGGGGAAAUGGUGGCAAUGGUUUCCAUGGAGGAUUUGACUUCAACUUUGAUGACUUCUUUAAAGGAUUUGAUGCACAUUUUCACUCACACCAAGGUGGGCACCACCACCAUCACAACCAAAACGGUGGCCCCCACACUUUUAAUUUCAACUUUGGUGAUCAUAGUGGAUUCUUUGACUUUGAUGACAUAUUUAGUGACUGGGAUGACGAUUUUCAUCAGCAGCAGCAUCAACAAUUUCAUCAUCAUCAUCAUCAUCAUCAGCAUCCUCAGCAUCACCACCACCACCAAGGGUUUAACGGAGGAGAGAGUAUGUUUGGAAAUGGUUUUGAUAUGUUUGACGAUGAUAUGUUUUUUGAUAAUGGUCCCAGCCACCAGCACCAUCAUACACAUACUCAGAGGACUAUGCAUUCACAAGGUGGUCAGACAUGUAGAACUGUUACAAAAAGAGUGGGCAAUAUGGUAACAACACAUACAGUUUGCUCUUAACACUGGCAGUAUGGCAGAGUGGGAAAUAUGGUAACAACACACAGCUCUUAGCCUUGGCAGUAUGGCAGAGUGGGAAAUAUGGUACAGAACGACACAUAUCGUUUGCUCUUAACCCUGGCAGUAUGGCAGCUACAUUAGAAAACUAGCAGUCCACCUACUUUUGCUAUUUGUAGAUAAAAUAACCUGGGAGGACAUCUAGGAUUACUAUUACUAUUUCCAUGUUUGGGUUUGACAAUUUCAUCUUUUCAUGAGAACAUUUAUCGCCACACUGCAGAAUUUGCUUGGAUAUAUUUUGGUGGGGUUUUCUCCAUAUUGCAUAUUGAGGCUUUUUUAAGAGCCAGUAUAGUUCCUAUUUGCUUAACUGAUGUUCUUAGCAAAUGAAGUUGCUCAGUUGUUUGCCCAGAAUGCUCAUUUUAUCCAGGAAUGUUUUCAAAUUCUGUAAAUAAACAAAGAAGUUCUUAAUUACUGCUCUGUAGGAACCCAAUUUGAAAAUACAUCACUCUUGUCAUCUUGUGCCUGCAAUUUAUCUGUGAUUUCAAACUUAAAUACUGUACAUAUAAGUAUGUAUAGAAGAACAAAGUUCAUAAGGUUAGAGUUAGUGUUCUGCAGUUCUAUAAUACACAAGCACCCGGUUGUUUUCCUUUAUGUUUGAGUGUUAAAGUUGGAGGGGAUGGUGAUCAUAAUUUAUUAUUGUUUAUCUAAUUUCCACUGAUUCAUAUAUAUUAAAUAAAAUGAUGAGUGCACAAAGUUAGUUUGUCUUUGAAAUCAUUACUAGUAUUUAGUGAUAUUGAUAUUUGGACAUGUUUUCACUUUUUUUUCUUGUUAAGUUGUGAAUUCACUCCUUCCUGUAUGUCUCUUUGCUAGAGAUAAUUGGUUCACAGCAGAGAGUCAUUGUUUCACAUUUUUAUAUAAUAAUCUGUUACUCAUAAUGGAUUUAAUUAUAAAUUUUAAAAAAUAUUGUCAU